UAGGGCACGAGACGAGAGAGAGAGAGAGAACACUUCCGUAAACCCAGGCAUAUAAAUUGAAUUGCGGCUUCCCUAUCUGACGUCAGCGGAGCAUCCAGAUCUUACCGCCCAGGGAAGCUUCCUUCCUCAACUCAUCCACCUCGAGGGAGUGACCUUUCCAUGGAAACACGGCAUUUCUUGAUUUGUUCGUGUAAUUCAAGCUUAAGGUUUCAAACCUAGAAAGGUAGUGACUGCGGUUGUUUAGUGAGUAGUACUGUCCUUGAUGAGUAAGAACAGGAAAGGCAAAUGAUAGAUCAAUUGCAGAGAACCGCCAUGAAAGCUCCUCUUCUCACUCUAUUGUUGAUUCUAUCGUCUAUUCUAUGCCUUUCAAGAGGAGCCCUAGGAAUUCAUAAUCCGGGUGGUAGUGAUGGUAACAGGAGAGUUCUGCAUCAGCCAUUGUAUCCAGUGGACUCGACGCCUCCACCUGCAGGGGAGCCCCCUCCCCCGGUCUUCCCAGGGCCAGAUGAGCCGUUUUUUCCUGAGGUCCCUACUGGGCAGAGUCCGGAUCAGACUCAGACUAGUCCCCCAGCUCCACCUGCCAAUGUCUCUUUGCCGGUUACGCCGGCGACGGCGGCGCAGCCGACCAGUCCGACUAAGAAAGUUGCAAUUGCGGUAUCUGUGGGGGUUGUGACGUUGGGUAUGCUCUCGGCAUUUGCCUUCUUUUUGUAUCGACACAGGGUAAGACACCCACCUGAAUCUCAGAAGCUUAUUGCUGUUGGUGAUGAGAACAACUCUCAGCGGUUCGCACAGGUGCCAACUGGACCAGCCUCUGAUUUUCUCUACCUGGGAACUAUGGAGCCUUCCGAUCGUAGAGGGGGCGACGCCGGAGCCGGCGUCGGCGAGGAGCCAAAUGGGAUUUGUGGUUCGCCUUACCACAAGCUAAGCUCCAUGCGAAUAUCAGAGCUGCACCGUCCUAGCCCAGAACUUCAUCCCUUACCACCCCUGAGCAGGGCUCCACCGUGCAGAACUUCUCCUUCUCCUCUGCCUCCACCUCAAGCCAUGUCGUCUGACGAGGAGACUUUCUACUACACACCUCAGGGCUCAGUAGCUGGGAAUGGGAAUGGGAAUGGGAAUGGGAAUGGUAAUAGUAGUAAUGGUGAGAGCCCUUGCGUACCUGCUUCGCGUCUGGUUUGGCCAAAGGUCAGUCAUCGUGGGAGCACUGCCACUAAAAGUUCAAGUUUUGGUACUAGUUCUCUCUCUUCCACUUCUACUCCUCACUCUCGAAGGUCUUCUCCCAAAUCGCGUUUUUCAAUUUCUUCUUCUCCUGAAGUCAAGCGUCCCGUUACAUACUCUUCUCCUCCAGUGCCACCACCGCCACCACCACUUCCGCCACGAGCUCGAAACAAUCAACCCGAAACACCAUCACCACACAAUCCUCUGCCAGUUAAUGAUCCAUCCCCGCAAGCAUCUAAGUCUCCGGUUACACCUCCUCCACCGCCGCCGCCGCCGCCAGCAAUAUCAGCGAAAGUACAAUCUUCGGAAACAAAUAUCCAAGUAACACCGGUUCGUGCAUUUCUCAGGACAGAGCCUCAAAUGUCUAGCUCAAAGGUCACCACAUCGACUGAGAAACCAGCGUCGGUUGCAGAGGUCAAUCAGAGUGGUGGCAGUUCUUCGGAGCGGCUCAAUGGGGGAGGUGAUACAGAUGGAUCAAACAAGCCCAGGUUGAAACCCUUGCAUUGGGAUAAAGUACGGGCAACUUCGGAUCGAGCCAUGGUUUGGGACCACCUGAGAUCGAGCUCAUUUCAAUUGAAUGAAGAUAUGAUAGAAAGUCUUUUUGGCUGCAACUCCACAAAUUCGGUUCAUAAAGAAGCUACUAGAAAAUCAGUUCUCCCUCCCAUGGAAAGGGAGAACAGGGUUCUUGAUCCUAAGAAGUCACAGAACAUAGCAAUACUUUUAAGAGCAUUAAACGUAACACGAGAUGAAGUGACUGAAGCAAUUCUAGAUGGUAAUUCUGAAGCUUUAGGUGCGGAGCUUUUGGAAACUCUGGUGAAGAUGGCCCCAACCAAAGAAGAAGAACUAAAGCUGAGAGACUAUAGUGGGGACAUAUCAAAACUAGGGUCUGCAGAGAGAUUUCUGAAGGCAGUGCUUGAUAUACCAUUUUCCUUUAAACGAGUUGAUGCAAUGCUAUACAGAGCCAAUUUUGAGACAGAGGUGAAAUACCUGAGGAAGUCUUUUGAAACCCUAGAGGCGGCAUGUGAAGAGUUGAAGAACAGUCGGCUUUUCCUCAAACUCCUCGAAGCUGUACUUAGAACAGGGAACAGAAUGAAUGUUGGCACCAACCGUGGUGAUGCAACAGCUUUUAAGCUCGAGACUCUGUUAAAACUAGUGGAUGUCAAAGGAACAGAUGGGAAGACAACUUUGCUCCACUUUGUGGUCCAAGAGAUUACUAAAUCUGAAGGUGCAGGUUCUGAUCCUCCACUUGAGAAUCUUCCAAAUAAAAUGCAUCCAAAAGUGGAGGAGGAUUUCAGAAAGCAAGGAUUGCAGGUUGUCGCCGGACUGGGCAGAGAACUUGGAAAUGUCAAAAAAGCAGCAGGUAUAGACUCAGAUGUUCUAAGCAGUUAUGUAUCAAAACUUGAAAUGGGGCUUGAUAAAGUCAGGUUAGUUCUACAAUAUGAGAAGUCAAAUACACAAGGAAAAUUCUUUGAGUCCAUGAAGCGGUUUCUUAAUGAGGCAGAAGAGGAGAUCCUUGGGGUUAAGGCUGAUGAAAGAAAAGCACUAUGCCUUGUAAAGGAGGUCACAGAAUAUUUUCAUGGAGAUGCGGCGAAGGAGGAAGCCCAUCCUUUCAGAAUCUUUGUGAUUGUAAGAGAUUUCCUCUCGGUGUUGGAUCAGGUAUGCAAGGAAGUGGGGAAAAUGCAGGAGAGAAAGAUGGCGGGUUCUGCUAGAUCCUUCCGGAUAUCUGCGAAUGCUUCAUUACCAGUUUUCAAAAGAUUCAAUGUAAGACAUCAGCAAGGAAGUUCAGAUGAAGAAAGCUCUUCUCCAUAAAAUUAUGUGAAGAUGGUGCACCUUCACUUCUUUGAAAGUGAAUCAAUAUCUAAGGGUCCAUACCUACUCUGUUAUUAGGAGUUUCUGCCUUUAGCUACUACUCCUUUUGACUUCCCAGAAAAGAAACAGUCCUCUAUAGUUCCAUCGAGAUGCCAGGGAGGAGGAUGUGAUUCUUUCAAGUUCUUCAUAAGUUUAAGGGAUUUUUUUCCUGUUGGACUGGGUAAUGCUAUAAAGAGGCGGAGAUGCAGGAGUGAAUAUGAUGGGUUCUAUUAGAUCCUCCGCAGAUGUAGGAGUCAAUAGAAGACUGGAUGGAAGUUCAUGUGGGUUAAGUCUUACACUAAGGUAUUGCACUCGAAAUUCUUCAGAAGUCGUGCUAUUUACCUAUAUUCCAUUGUACCAUAAGACUGCAGGGCGCAUGUAUCCAGAGGAAUGGGCUGACAGAAAGAAAACGGAAUAGUUCCGGGUGGGAGAUUGAAUUGCUUGAGAUCACCUCUCCAGAUAGAAGAUGGAGAUUCUCAAGGAUUGCUUUCAGAAAGAGCUGAAAAAAGACAGCAAUGCAGAGGCUGCCUAUAUGAAAUCUAAAAAGGUGUGAAAGGUCAUAAUUAAUAAAAAGAUCUUGGAGAUUUUUUAUACCCAAGGCCUACAGUUGGUGGGGAAUUUACUGAGAAGAAUAAUUGUGCAUUGUAGGGAAUGGAAAGAAUAUAAACACAUUAUACUCGAAGAAAUUUACAUAGUUGAGAUAAUCUUCCAAAAGUAUAAUCUUUGACCCAACUUCUUGUAGGAGAAUUUUUUCUCAUUUGGAGUGACCUCUUUUCAAAUUAAUUCGUAUUCGGUAGCUGUUGCUUACUCAUUUUGGUGAUAUCUUUUUUAUUCAACAAAGUGCUGUUGGUACUUGGGGUCUUCAGGGUAGAUCUUAGCCACAGUGCUUGACUUUGUACAUAUCAAUCCAAAACACAGUAUGAAGUCAUUUCAAAGUAUCUG